GUUAGUGCAUAGUGGAUCCAAGUCAAUCCAAGUGGAUCGAUCACUGUGUAGCAGUCACUGGCCGCCCGGUCGUUUCCAGUUCCCGAACGUUACAUUCUAUCAUGGGUCUGUGUAAUAUAGAAUGCGUGGAAAGAAUAGCGCGAUAUCUCGACGUUUCUCCGGGAAAGCUGCAACUUUCUGAGAAAAACGUGAUAGUUGCAGUUAGUCCAGAAUGCGAAAAGAAUCUGCCGUCUAUUCAAGGCUUCGGCACAAUCGUGCAAGAGCUUGUUAGGCGCUCGAAAUGCUCCGAUAUACCUGACAGUGAGAAACAAGUGCAAGCAUUGACACAGCAAUGGUUAGAAUACAUUGUGAUCUGUAUCAAUUACGGGGAUGUUUCUGCCAACGCUAAAAGAAUAUUAAAUGAGCUGAAUACGGCGUUAAAGGACGUGCCAUAUAUAACUGGUACAAAGAAGACUGUCGCUGAUGUUGCAUUAUAUUACGUUCUACAUUCCAUAAUGAAAGAAUUGAGCUAUCAACAGAAGGCGCAAUAUAUCCACGUGUCGAGAUGGUUCGAUAAUAUCCAACAGGAAGAGAAGUUGAGGCGGGAAUUGGAUUUAAUAUCUUUCAAUCUGUUACACAUGUUUCUGUAAUCGAGAUGUAAUAGCGAAUAAAUUGAUUUGACAUGCAGA